GAGAAAUUUGUUUUUUGUACCCUCUCUCAACGUUGAUAUGAUGAAAUUUGAAUUUUAAGGUAGUGACUUCAAACAUGACAGACCCAACUCCAAGAAAACCAGACACUAAAGACGGUGUGUAUUUUGACGACCCAGAACUCCCAGAGGGCUGGACCAGGAAAUGUGUACAGAGGUCUACUGGCCAGUCAGCAGGAAAAUGGGACGUCUACAUCUAUAACCCGAUGGGUCGCAAGUUCCGGUCGCAGAAUGAAGUUCGGCGCUACCUGGGCGAGAUCAACAGCGAGCUAUGUCCGGACCUGUUCUGCUUCAACCCGUACGCCCAGGCCGGCACGCCCAGCUCGCGCAAACCGGGCUCCAAGUCGGGCGCCUCCAGUGUCAAAAAGCUGACCAACAAGGCCGUCAAAGCCAUGCGGGCCAAGUCUCUGGGUGGCGCCGGCGACGCCAGCAGCACCAAGCUGAAGCUCAAGUUUGACUUCUCGAAGCGCAUGGGCCGCCCUCCGUCUGCGGGGAAGCCGGGCCGGCCAGCGGGGAAGCCCGGAAGACCGCCGUCUGCGAGCAAGUCGGGCCAGCCCUCGUCCUCGGGACACAUGGGAAGACCGGGAUCCAGUGGCAAGCCGGGUAGACCUGCCUCCGCUGGUAAGCCCGGCCGGCCGUUCUCCUCCGGCAAGCCGGGCCGUCCGCCGGGCCGUCCGGCCGGCAGCGGCUCCAGCCUGGCCUCGCCGCCGCUGAGGACGCCCGCGUCCAAAUUCAGCCCAUCGACCACGCCGCGCGUAGCCAUGCCGGCCGUUAGCAAAGGACCGGGAGCGCCCAAGAAGCGUCCGUGGACGCCGCCCGAGUCGCCUUACGACCUGGUGCAGGAGCGCUACUACCAGGACCCAUGGAAACUGCUCAUCGCAUCAAUCUUCCUCAGCAAACCGCCAGAGACCUCCCCGGAGGACGUGUGGGGCGACCCGCCGCCCGUGCUCGAGGCCCGGCGCGCCCGGCCGCUGCUCGAACAGUUCUUCGAGCGCUGGCCGACGGCCAAGGCGGCGCGCGACGCCUCCGCCCAGGAGAUCGCGUCCCUGAUCGAGCCUCUGCAGCUGGGAGAGCACGCCGCGGAUCUCAUCAUUCGCUUCUCAGAUGAGUUCCUGACCAAGAAGUGGAAGUCUCCCACGGAGCUGUACGGCAUCGGACGGUACGGCAGCGACGCCUACCGGAUAUUCUGUCUGGGCCAGUGGAAGCAGGUGCGUCCGCUCGACCACAUGCUCAGCCUCUACCACAACUGGCUCUGGACCAACUACAAGGCACUGCGGCUCGAGUGAGCGCCGCGCCGCCGUCCGACCGGCCCACGGCCUUUUACUGGGAUGAUUUACCGGACCUACGUCCGGCGCUGUGCGCGCGCUGAUUAUGUCCUAUUGGAGGCUGGCGGCCGAUCUCGGGCUGCGGCAACUCACCAGCCAUUGUCUGAUCGCGGAGGCGACUUACCCCGCGUUCGAUGUCUCCCGGACGGCAAAGAUUCUAUGCCGUCCGGGCCCGAAAUGGCGUUCGAUGUCGCACGGACGGCAAAGAUUCUACGUGACGUCACGUAGAAUCUUCGUCGUCCGCGCAGAAUCUUUUGAGCGUACUACGGUGGGCAGAGAGGCAAUGAUGGCGCGUAUUUCAAAAGCGGCGCAGCAGCUGUUUGCAGAAGUUGUUGACAUUUGUGCGUGGUCUCUAUGGAAACGUAAACUUGGGCCUUUUUCGAAACUGACGCACAUUGUGUAAGUGGCGCACAAAAUGGCCGGUCUCGUCGUCCGCCUGUGUGCUUCAUCGAACGCAAAAUAGAAUAUUCUGCGCAGAAUGUUCUUCGUCCGAGGAGACAUCGAACGCGGCCUUAGUCGCCUGCUGAACGUCAGUCGGUGACGUACAUGAUCAUACUCCACUGUUUCGCGCUGCACGAGAAAUACAUUACAUCUAAGUUA